AUGCUCCUCUUCUGCCCCUCCUGCGCCAACGUCCUCACCGUCUCGCGCGCGCCCUCGACCCUCUCCUUCCCCGAGGGGCAGAACCGGCUCGAAUGCCGCACCUGCCCGUACCAAUUCCUCAUCGACCAGAAAUACUACGAGCGGCGGGAGAUGAAGCGGAAGGAGGUGGAGGACGUGAUUGGGGGGAAGGAUGCGUGGGAGAAUGUGGACAAGGCGGACGCGCAAUGCCCCCGCGAAGGCUGCGACGGCUCCUCGGCCUUCUUCUACCAAGUCCAGAUACGGAGCGCGGACGAGCCCAUGACGACGUUCUACAAGGACAGGGAGGAGCUGUGUGUGCUCAGGAAGGCUUCACGAUCGGGGAAGAUUGUGCAUGCCCCAGGAAUCGAGCCGGCCAUGCUGUCAAGGGGCCCAAGCUUUGAGAAGACCGACCUCGCCUCUCUGCAGGAAAACCAACUCAUACAUACAUACACACUCAGAGAGACACUGCUCGAAGCGAAAAGCCACCGAAGUAAAAGAACCGCGUACGAGAAACCCCAAGUCGAGGCAGCCACGAUACCGGCCAUAAUCAUACCUAAUUACGAGAUAGACGCACCUCUCGAUCGAGAAGGCCAACCCUCUUCGUUGAAGUUUUCUCGUCGGAACGAUGAAAUGUAUGCACGGUGUGAGUAUGCAGCCGAGCACCAUCAAGCUAGCAGGUGCUGA